AUGGAGGUUAAUGGUAUGGCAGGAGGAAUGAUCUCCAGUCUGUCUCCUGGGAUGCUUGGACUGGAGAUGCCUCUACACCAAGCGCAGCAACAGCACCAUCCUCACCAACACCCCCAAAUGGUGGCAUUUGCAGGUCAAGACGCUGAUCAGUACUCACAAUCUCAGUUUGUGAAGCAGCACGGAUACCCUCCUUAUGCCACCAAAGCGAAGCCGCAGCAACCGACAUUAAGCGAGGAGGAGCAAGGAUUCGUGCGGGAAGACAGUGGAGCAGAUAGGAGAAAGAGGAUAUCUCCGUUGCAGAGAAUGAAGUGGACGAACAACAUGGUGAGGCUUCUCAUCAUGGUGGUCUUCUACAUCGGUGACGACGGUGGCUCCGAAGACAAUGACCCCUCCAGCAUCGACAAGAAGAAGACCAGCAGGCCCCUAAAGAAGUUUGAGUUGCAUUUCAGCAAUUUGGAGAGCAAGCAAGAGUUUGGAGGUGAUGUUGUAUAUACCCAAAAGAGGAUUUGUUCCAUGCCUGCAAUGAAUGUUUGCAAGACUGCAGUUGCAGUUGAACUGUAUGAUAGUUCUGGACAUUCCAAGCUUCUACAAUUAUGGAUUUACAGUCUAGAUGGUCUAUCCAAGAAGGUCGGUAGUGGAACUAUGAUUUUCUUGGAGUUUUUCUGGGAGAGUGGAUAUUUUGGUGGGACCAUGACUAUAGGAGAUUAUGGAUAA